AUGUUCACUACAUCACAGUGCUCUAUCACCGAGGCCGAGAAGCCUGUACUCAUCGCACAGAAGAAUGGCUUUGUACACUCCAUCCUACAGGCGUACGCAGCGCACCACCACCUCGUCAUUCGUCCGGAUGAUGUGUGGAUUGCGAUCCUCACCCAACUGAGCUUCUAUGUCAACGCUCAUGCAGAGAAGCUGCGCCAAUACUUCGUUGCUCAUCAAGGCAAGCGUACGCUCGAAGUCUCGGACGUGGGUUUUCGGACAACCGUCGAUUUCGGAUCCCUCGCACGUGCCAUGACUGGAGAGAUUCACAAGAAUGUGGUCGACCGCACGCUGGUCGACUGGAUUCUGCCGGACUUCACCACGACCAGUCUGAAAGAUACUACGAUCUGCUCCGUCAUCAUGAUGUCCACCCUGCAGAAAUAUUACAAUUUCUAUAUGGUGCCCGGGUGUGGCAUUCCGACCGUCACCCUCGAGGGCACCAAAGCCGAUUGGCUGCGCAUUCUAAAGAGGCUCGAGCGCCUCUACGAGCUCGGCGACGAGCCGUCCGCAUGGGCCAACAUGCUCUACCCCAUUCUGAGCCGCUUCGUCUCCGCCUUCGACGGCAAACCCGACACUGAAUUCUGGAAGCAUGUGGUGUGCUCUCAUUCGCCGAUCUGCGGCCCGGGGGGGCCCGACCGCCUAAUCGACGGAUGGCUAACGGCCUUCUGUGUGUGGACGAACGAAGGAAAGUGGGUAGCAGGACCGCUUGCUCCUCGGCUCGCGAUACCCCGCCCGCCUCCAAUCGUUGUCGGUCCUGGUCCGUCUUCUCGUUCUGGAGAUAGGGCGCCGCUGUACGAGUCGCACGACACAUCCUACACCCUUGACGGCAUCCGCUACUUCACUGUCGAUAUCGCGCGCAUCCCGGUUGGGUAUUGCGAAGUGGACGUGACAGUCAUCUAUGGGCGGCAAUCGUUCCCAUGCUUGAUGCUUGCUGGACAUGUUGCGAGCGUGGCGAGGGCGAAGGUUCCUGGAGGGCCGCUCAAUACGCUAGCUCUCGCCCCGCAGUGGUUCAUUAUGGAGAAGAGGUCGUGA